AUGGGUACGGACAAGACGCGCGAAUUAGUGACCCACCGGGCUCCUCCCCCCGUCACCAUGCUCCCCAACGAAAUCGUCGUCGAAAUCAUCCGUCUCGCUAGCGCUAAGGGCGAGUCGUGGCGCGACAUGGUAGUCGUGAACAGAUUGAUGGGUGUAUGCCGCUACUGGAAGGAUGUCGUCGUGAACACGCCCCUCCUGUGGUCCAGCAUUGACCUGUCGAAGGCCGUGCACUUCGUACGGCUUUGCCUGGCCCGCUCGGCCGGCGCGGAAAUCGGGCUAUACGAUACACGUUCAAUGAAGAAUACCUCUGCGCUUGUGUCUCUGCUUGAGCCGCAUUGCGCACAGGUUUCAUAUGUCGACCUCUCCCUUUUUUCCGAUGGGGAUGUGGCCGCAUUCCUGCCAAUACUGACUGCAUCCCUGCCUCGAUUGAUGUCGUUGUCCUUGGCUAUGACCUCCCAGCACUUCCUAACUCCGGUGCUCAGCUUCUGCCUCGUUGCCUUCUUCGACAUGCUCGAAGCAUGCAAGUCUCUACAACACUUCUCCUGGCAAUAUGACGACUUCUACGACAAUUUAUUUUGCGACCACGAACACGGAGAAGCAGCAGACCGGAUCGUGUCACUGCGUCAUUCACGGUCCUUUCACUCCAAUGGCCUACCAGCUGACAUCUCGAAUGUCACCACCCACGUCUCGCUCUCGAGGUAUACCCGCCUUUCGCUGGAGAUCAUCGUAUACUCGCCGUGGUACGUCGAGGAUCCAACACUGCCAAGCCCGAGCGAACUUGAAGUUAGGCGCCAAAUCCCUUCAUUCCGUACCAUUUUGCUUCCUAAUCCAAAGUUAAACCACCCUGCAUUCACGCGCACCUUGCGUCAUGCCAUUGCAUGGGUCGAGGAGAACCUCAUCGUUUGCGCGGACGAGGAGCGUACGUUGUUCUGGGAGUCGCUCCCCUGGCGCUCCCCCAAGUUCCACUGGACUUCUGAUGUCUUCCCUGAGGCACCGUUGCUCUACAUGGUAUACGGCGUGCUGGAUGGCAUACUGGACGACUCGGAGAGCGGACGGGUUUUUGAUCGAGUCCUGUGCGAGCUCGGGGGCUUCCUCGGCUGCUCAGUAGAGACCCUUGUUGUCCACGGCGGCCACACACACACCCAGGAGCUCGAGAUGGAACACUGGAUCCAGAUGCCUCACAGCCUUAUCGAGGCUCAUGCACCUCGACAUCAUACAGAACCACUGCGACGCAGACAGUUUCCCUCCUGCUCUCGCACCAACAGACGCCGGGAUCCCAUGCGCUGGUUUACAGAACCUCUAUAUGCGCUUUGAUCCCUACGAGGAGGGUGGUUGGAUGACGCUCGGCAGACUCAAUUCGGCACUAGUUGAACGCGCGAAGGGCGGUUCCCGCCUGAGGAGCCUCAGCCUAGUGCUGGGGACUACAAAAAAAGAGGGUGUCUCUCCAUUCACUUCGUCGUCGGUCGGUUGUCGCUUGCCAAAAGAAUUCGAAGAGAUUCAAGCGAGCUUUGAGUCCUUAAUAGACUUGUUCGCAGUGAGGAUCAUUGGGUAUAACGAAUAGUGUCACGUUGACAAUGGACGUACUGUUUGUUACUUACACUAAUACGUCUACCUCCUUCCACCUUUGCGUUUUAUGCACGGCGAUUCGGUUUGGUGUUGACCAAUGCAUUUCAGCAGUCUCGCAUGUUAGUAGCGUGAGCUGAAAAUUGAAAAUUGCCUGGGAUAGUGUGAGAUGAUCAGCUCGAGGCAGUCUCUGUAGCGGCCCUCGUGUAUUCAAUGCCACUCAAUCACUCUCGUUUUGUGCGA